UUUUUCAUUUUCCACUUUAUUGGCCCGAGCCCUGCCGGAUGACUGGUACGCCUGGCUACGGGUUAGUGCUGAAUUUGGACGUUGCAGCUGUAGCCUAGACUGAACCAGACUGCGCAAGACAUGAGAAAAUACUGUCAACAUUGAGAAUAGUUAGUUACACACUAUUUUGAUGCAGGAGGAUGACGUCUGCUAAAUAUUUUUUUAUGCGUGGAUCAAGCGCAUUCAAGCAGCGCAAUUUGUCUUGAAUGAAAAGUAGUGAAGUGACUACAAUAGUUUUGUGUUAGAAGUGGCAUUUGCCCCCUCCCCCCUCCCCCCCACAGAAACUUUUCGUGAGACAAGAAUUUAAGUUUUAUCGUAUAAGAUACAACAACGGUUUUAGGUCGGGCUUUUUAGACAAAAAUUGCAGGUUGAAAACGUUACUCCAUUCGGUCGCUUAAGGCAUCAAGGAGGAAAGAUGGAAGUGUACAGACGAAGCCAUUUCUUCUUCACACCACCAGCAAUUCUCAAAGUUGUCGAAAUGGUAGUUUUGGUGACCACCAUGAUAUUGUUUUUGGUGGACAACAAGUGUUCAAGCGAUCUGAAUUUUAUCAUCGUUUUUAUUCUACCCUGCGUUGCUUGUACUCUUGCAACUCUUGUCUCUUACAUAUCAGCUGUUAUGGUGCUUAUUAGCAGGCGAAAUCCACUUACAACUCCAGCUUGGGUCAAAGGGGAUGUCUGCUUCAAUAUAUCUGCACUUGUACUAAUGCUUGUGGGUUCUAUAAUCACCCUCACGAGAGAGGAGUGUGUCAACAGUUCUAUUACAGUUGCUGCUCUUGCCCUGGGUUUCAUAAGCGUGAUUCUUUUUGCUAUAAGUGGAGCAGUGACGUACUUGGUUUUAGUUCGCCACCAACAAGAAGUGAAGGAGACUCAAAGAGCUCAGCUAAAUGCUAGAAGAUUAACUAUGAGUGAAUUAGCAUAGAUGCAGAAGAACUAAGUAUAUGUAAAUAAAAAUCUUGAUAGGAUUGCAUUGACUGGGGAAGUAUGGCAUUUAUAAUAAAGAUUCAAUAUAAAUUAAUUAUGCAAGAACACUGGAGUAAAAAAAUUAGUGUUCAUUUCCCAAGAUCCUCAUAAAAAUGGGAACUUAAGUAGUUUUCAUCCCAAAAAGGCAAACUGGCACACAUAAUUUUGUGAAGUAGCCAGCUUUUUUUUUUUUUUUUUCAAACUGUUUCAGAUCAUUCUGCAACAACAAGGAAAAUCUUUUAUCUUUUCAUAAUAAACAGGUAAUAUUUUGAUAUCUUAAAAGCUUAGCCUAAGGUACUAUUGUUAAUCAUAAUGCCUGCAAGUAAUAGUUAUUACUAAACUAUUCUCUCGAGUUGAAACCUUCAAAAUGAGUAGUUUAUAGUUAAUUCAGUUUUGCUCAGUAAAUAGUUUCAUAGUUGCAGUGUGAUUUGCUUGAAGUUCAUUUUUCAGAAUGCUUAAAAUGUUUUUAUAGAUUUUGAAAUGCAAAUAGUUUAUAGCUUAACCAUAAGUCGUUGUCCAUGGAAGCUUGUUUAUAAUGUCAAACUACCUUUGCAUAUUUUCUUAUUUAUUUGAUUAGCACCUUUCUUAUUCAUUUUCAAACUACAUAUCUUCAUGUAUUUUCUUAUUAUUUUCCUUACCAGUUUUUCUUAUUCAUUUUCAAACUACAUAUCUUCAUGUAUUUUCUUAUUAUUUUAUUACCACCUUUUUCUUAUUCAUUUUCAAACUACCUUUAUGUGUCUAAUACGUAUACCUUAAAAUAUUUAUCGUAGUACAUACUUAAAUUUUACAUUAUUUAUAUCAGAAAAUAGCAUAAAUUUUCUCCCCCUUUUUAAAAUGAUUGAUUCGGUGUUCUCAUAACUUUGUUUUUCAUAAAUGUAACUGUUUACUCCUAAAUAGUAUAUCACUUGUCAGACAGUUUCUGAAAUUAAACUUUUUUUUAUUUUUUUUUUUUCCUAAUGAGGUCAGCACAAGAGAGCUUCUUGUUUGAAAUUAAGAAAAAGAAUAAUUUCUACUCUUAUAGCUGAGUCUAAUAAUAGUUUAGUAUUGCACUUUCCUGUAAGUCUGAUUAUUUUAUUUAUAUUUUUUAAUAUGACUGAUCAAUUUUUACUGCUCUUUCACUCUAAACAGUAAUUUAUGUUGUUUUAAUUUUAGUAGUUGUCAAAAUGUACUCAAAAAGUAUGUAUCUUUGAACUGUAUACUGUAUUGAGCAAUAAAAUAAAAUAAAAAUAUUU